AUGGAGCUUAAAGAUAGAAAAAAAAGAGAAGCUGAUAUAGAAGUAUUAACAAGUGUUUUAGAGAUCAAGCAAGAACUUCAUGUGGACAACCAGCCAGAAAUUUUGAAUAUAAUUCCAGCUGAAUACAUAAAACAAGAGGAGUUUACAGAAAUUAAUGAUACAAAAGCAAAUGUAUUGUCAACAUGUGAAAACAAAAAUCAUGAUUUAUUAUCAGAAUUUACAACACAUGUAGAUAAUAAACCAGAUAGACUUGAUUUAUUUUCAGUUUUUGAAGAUAUAAAACCUGCUGGUUUGAAUGCAGGUUUAAAUCUAUCACUAGAGACAACCCUAACUGACAAUAUUUCUCAUAUAAAGACAGAGAUAUCAACUGAUUUAUCAGAGCUUAAGAAUAUUCAGAUAAACAACAAUGAAAAUCCAACAUCAAAUCAGGUUGUAUUUUUACAGAGGUGUAAGACAAAAAACUUAAAAUCUUCAAAGCAUAAAACUCUUCUAGUAAAAUGUAAAGAAUCACACACAGAUGUGAGGUCAUAUGAGUGUAAUUUGUGUCAUAAAAAGUUUGCUACAAGAAGUAAACGAAAUCAACAUAAACCUAUUCAUUCAGGAGGGAGGCUAUGUGGGUGUUAUCUGUGUAAUCAAAGGUUUCCCUUAACUAGUAAACUCAACCAAAAUGGACAAUUUCACCAAAUAGUGAGAGCACAAAAGAGUGACGUGAACCAUAAAAUGUUAGGUUCAAAGAGGAAUCUAAAUCAACAUAAAGCAAUUCAUUCAGGAGAGAGGCUGCAUAAGUGUGAUAUUUGUCAUAUAAAGUUUACUAGAAGAACUAACCUAAAUAAACAUAAAGCUACACAUUCAGCAGAUAAGUCACAUGACUUUAAUAUGUGUAAUAAAAAGUUUGCUACUAGGACAUAUCUAAAACAACAUAAAGCACUUCAUUUAGGAGCAAGGUUAGAAGAAUGUGAAGUCUGUCAUAAAAAAUUUACUACAAGAGGUAAUCUAAAUCAACAUAUAGCUAUACAUUCAGUGGAAAAGUCACAAAAGUGUGAUGUAUGUCAUAAAAAAUUUGCUUCAAAGAGGAAUCUAAAUCAACAUAAAGCAGUUCAUUCAGCAGAAAAGUCACAUGAAUGUCAUGUAUGUCAUAAAUUAUUUACUUCAAAGACUCAUCUAAAUAAACAUACAGCAAUUCAUUCAGAAGAAAAGCUUCAUGAAUGUGAUGUGUGUCAUAAAAAGUUUUCUAGAAAGUCUUACCUAAUGGAACACAGAGCAAUUCAUUCAACGGAAAAGAAACAUGAGUGUGAUGUAUGUAAUAAAAAAUUUGCAACAAGGACUAACCUAAAUCACCAUAAAGCUAUUCAUUCAGAAGAGUGGCUAUAUGAAUGUGAUAUGUGUCAUAAAAGGUUUUCUAGAAAGGCGUACUUAAUGGAACACAUAGCAAUUCAUUCAACAGAAAAGUCUCAUGAGUGUGAUAGUCAUCUAAAUCAACAUAAAGCAAUUCAUUCAGCACAAAAGUUAUAUGAGUGUGAUGUCUGUCAUAAAAAGUUUACCACCAAGGGUAACCGAAAUCUACAUAAAACAGUUCAUUCAGAUGAAAAGCUACAUGAAUGUGAUGUGUGUCAUAAAAGGUUUUCUAGAAAGUCUUACCUAAUGGAACACAGAGCAAUUCAUUCAGCAGAAAAGUCUCAUGAGUGUGAUUUUACCACCAAGGGUAACCGAAAUCUACAUAAAACAGUUCAUUCAGAAGAAAAGCUACAUGAAUGUGAUGUGUGUCAUAAAAGGUUUUCUAGAAUGUCGUACCUAAUGGAACACAGAGCAAUUCAUUCAGCAGAAAAGUCUCAUGAGUGUGAUGUUUGUCAUAAAAAAUUUGCAAAAAGGACUUACCUAAAUCAACAUGUAGCUAUUCAUUCAGUAGAGAGGCUACAUGAAUGUGAUGUGUGUUGUAAAAAGUUUUCUAGAAAGUCCUACCUAAAGCUGCAUAAAUUAAUUCAUUCCACUGAAAGUUUAAAAGAGUGUGAUAUAUGUCAUAAAAAAUUUGCUUCAAAGAGGAAUCUAAAUCAACAUAAAGCUAUUCAUUCAGGAGAGGGGCUCCAUGAAUGUGAUGUUUGUCAUAAAAAGUUUACCACCAGUGGUAACCUAAAUCAACAUAAAGCUGUUCAUUCAGAAGAGUGGCUACAUGAAUGUGAUGUUUGUCAUAAAAAGUUUACCACCAGUGGUAACCUAAAUCACCAUAAAGCUGUUCAUUCAGAAGAGAAGCUACAUGAAUGUGAUGUGUGUCGUAAAAAAUUUUCUAGAACGUCAUACCUAAAGCAACAUAAAUUAAUUCAUUCCACUGAAAAGUUACAGGAGUGUGAUGUAUGUCAUAAAAAAUUUGUCUCAAAGAGUCAUCUAAAUCAACAUAAAGCUAUACAUACAGGAGAGAGGAAACAUGAAUGUGAUGUGUGCCAUAAAAAGUUUAUUACCAGUUCUACUCUAAUUAAACAUAAAGCAAUUCAUUCAGCACGAAAGUUAUAUGAGUGUGAUGUUUGUCAUAAAAAGUUUACAACCAAGGCUAAAGAAAUGGAAGAAAGAGCAGCUGAUUUAAAAGAAUUACCAAGUAUUUUAGGAGUGAAACAUGAACAAUCUGAGAAAACCAAUGCAUAUAUUGCCAAUGUAAUUUCAACUGGAAACAUAAACCCAGAGGGAUUUACAGAAUGUUCAUCUUUUUAUGACACAAAACCACAUUUAUUUUCCACAUCUGAAAACAAAAAUCCUGAUGUACUAUCAGAAUUUAAAACAAGUGAAGACCAAAAAUCUUUUGAAGAUGUAAAACCUGAUGUUUUAAAAGUAGAAGUAAACUUUUUGCCAGUGGCAAAUCUAAAUGAAAAUCUUUCUCACAUAAAGACAGAGAUAUUAAAUAAUAUAGAAGAGGUCAAGGAUACGUUUAUAAACAUGGAUAAUUCAAUAUUUGAUCAGUCAGAGUUGUUACAGAAAUGUAACAAUCAAAACUUAACUAUUUUAAAGCAUAGAAGUCUUCUAGUAAAAUGUGAAGAAACACACACAGAUGUAAGAUUAAAUGAGCAUGAUCUAUGCGAUAAAAUUUUUUCUAGAAGUGCUCAUUUGAAAAGAAAUAAUUUAACUCAUUCUGAAGAGAAGUCACAUGACUGUGAUGUGUGUCAUAAAAAGUUUACAAGAAGGACUCGCCUAUAUCACCAUGAAGCUAAUCAUUCAGAAGAGUUGCUAUAUGAAUGUGAUGUGUGCCAUAAAAAAUUAGUUACCAGUUCUUCUCUAAUUAAACAUAAAGCUAUUCAUUCAGCACGAAAGUCAUAUGACUGUGAUGUGUGCCAUAAAAAGUUUACUGCCAGUUCUUCUCUAAUUAGACAUAAAGUAAUUCAUUCUGCUUUUAAGUCACAUAAGCCAUAA